CACCCUACCCACACCUAGGAUGUGGCUGGGCCGCCGGGCCCUGUUCGCGCUGGUCCUGCUGCUCGCCUGCGCCUCGCUGGGGCUCCUGUACGCGAGCACCCGGGACAUGACCGGCCUCCGGGCACCUCUUGCGCCGUGGGCGCCCCCGCAGAGCCCCCGCAGGCCUGAGCUGCCAGAUCUUGCUCCUGAGCCCCGCUACGCACACAUCCCGGUCAGGAUCAAGGAGCAAGUAGUCGGGCUGCUGGCUCAGAACAACUGCAGUUGUGAGUCCAGCGGGAGGGGCCUUCCCCUCCCAUUCCAGAAACAAGUCCAAGCCAUUGACCUCACCAAGGCCUUUGACCCUGCAGAGCUGAGGACUGCCUCCGCCACAAGAGAGCAGGAGUUCCAGGCCUUUCUAUCAAGGAGCCAGUCCCCAGCUGACCAACUUCUCAUAGCCCCUGCCAACUCCCCACUCCAGUACCCGCUGCAGGGUGUGGAAGUUCAGCCCCUCAGGAGCAUCUUGGUGCCAGGGCUGAGCCUUCAGGCAGCUUCUGGUCAGGAGGUAUAUCAGGUGAACCUGACUGCCUCCCUGGGCACCUGGGAUGUGGCAGGGGAAGUGACUGGAGUGACUCUCACUGGAGAGGGGCAGGCAGAUCUCACCCUUGUCAGCUCAGGGCUGGACCAACUCAACAGGCAACUACAACUGGUCACUUACAGCAGCCGAAGCUACCAGACCAACACAGCAGACACAGUCCGGUUCUCCACCAAGGGACAUGAGGCUGCCUUCACCAUCCGCAUAAGACACCCCCCCAACCCUCGGCUGUACCCACCUGGGUCUCUACCCAAGGGAGCGCAGUACAACAUCAGCGCUCUAGUCACGAUUGCCACCAAGACCUUCCUCCGUUAUGAUCGGCUACGGGCUCUCCUCGCCAGUAUCCGCCGCUUCUACCCGACAGUCACCGUGGUCAUCGCUGACGACAGUGACAAGCCAGAACGCGUUAGCGGCCCCUACGUGGAGCACUAUCUCAUGCCCUUCGGCAAGGGCUGGUUCGCGGGCCGGAACCUGGCCGUGUCCCAAGUAACCACCAAGUACGUGCUGUGGGUGGAUGACGACUUCGUCUUCACAGCACGGACGCGGCUGGAGAGGCUUGUGGACGUGCUGGAGCGGACGCCUCUGGACCUGGUCGGGGGCGCAGUGCGCGAGAUCUCCGGCUUCGCCACCACCUACCGGCAGCUGCUGAGCGUGGAUCCCGGCGCCCCAGGCCUCGGGAACUGCCUCCGGCAAAGGCGCGGCUUCCACCACGAGCUCGUCGGCUUCCCAGGCUGCGUGGUCACCGACGGUGUGGUUAACUUCUUCCUGGCGCGGACUGACAAGGUGCGCGAGGUCGGCUUCGAUCCUCGCCUCAGCCGCGUGGCUCACCUGGAAUUCUUCCUGGAUGGGCUUGGUUCCCUUCGGGUUGGCUCCUGCUCCGAUGUCGUGGUAGAUCAUGCAUCCAAAUUGAAGUUGCCUUGGACAUCAAGGGAUGCCGGGGCAGAGACUUACGCCCGGUACCGUUACCCAGGAUCACUGGACGAGAGCCAAAUGGCCAAACACCGGCUGCUCUUCUUCAAACACCGGCUGCAGUGCAUGACCUCCCAGUGAUGGCCCGCAGGGGAUUUCUGACUGUCAGGCUGGGCCUGCCUCCUUGUCCCUGCCAGAAAUUUCCAGCAAAUCCCACCACCCUGUGAGCACUCUACUGACUGUCCCUGAGCCCCUAGUUCCUCACUCUUCCCUUUCCAAACUGGAUGCCCAAUCGGGGUUGUCCUGGUAACACCCCUCCUUUUUUGAGUGCCCAGAGGCCUGGUGGAGCCAUAACCUCUCCCACAGCCAGUGCCAAGUCCUCCCCUCUCCCCAUUCUCAUGGGGCAGGAAAUGGGGGGAUCACUUUCCAAGUGCCAAAGAGCCCAGGGGGACUCUAAGAACCUAAGGUGGAAACACUGUCUGUCCUCUCAUCUUCUUAGGACUGAAGGGGUGGGGAAGUUCUCCAACACAUAAUCUCAAGACAGUGCCCUUCACCUGCAUCUUCAAAUCCAGUACUCUGCACAUGCUCCAGCCCCACCCCGACAGACAGAACUUGUGGCUCUGGGGCUGGGGCGAGGGCUGGUGAACACAUGGUGAAAGCCAUUCUUAGUGUGUCUCUGCAAUGCUGUGGGCACAAAAGAAGGGGCACCAGAGUCCCUGUGCAAACAGCUAGACUCACUUCAUGGA